AUGAAUGUAUUGACAGGUCAAAAUUUGACGGGAACUCUACCGGCUGAAUUUGCGAAUCUUACUUCUCUGCGGGCAAUGUCCCUCGGUGGAAACCGGAUUAUUGGUUCAAUACCCGAGGAAAUUGCAGAUAUUGCUACUCUUCGGGUGCUUAGGAUUGAUGGGAGCAUGCUAUCUGGGAAGAUACCUGAUCUGAUAGGGAACUGGACAUAUAUUGAUAGACUGGACUUGCAAGGCACAGGCAUGAAUGGGCCCAUUCCUUCUACCAUAUCUCAGCUGGAAAGCAUAACAGAAUUGAGAAUAUCAGAUUUGGCUGGAUCAAAUAUAAAGUUCCCGGAUCUGAGUAGACUGACAAACUUGGAGUAUCUGAUUCUGAGAAAUUGCGGGAUUGUUGGCUCCAUCCCACAUUACAUUUCCGGAUUUACUGAACUUGAAUUAUUAGACCUAAGCUUUAACAUGUUGACUGACUAUUCCUUGUUCAUCAAUUGUGGAGGAGAAAGUACAACCUAUGGGGGAAAUGAAUAUGCAGCGGAUUUGACCCCAGGGGGCCCAUCAUACUUUGUAACUUCAGAAAAAUGGGCUUAUAGCACCACAGGGGUUUUCACGGAUCGUGAAAGAGAAGAUUAUAAUGCAAGCAACUCAUUCGGUUUGAAUAUAACUGGUGCAGACCUCUAUCGAACAGCUCGCCUCGCCCCCACUUCACUGAGGUACUAUGGACUUUGCUUGCGUAAGGGCAGUUAUAAAGUCACGCUUCAUUUUGCUGAAAUAAUGUUCUCUGGAGAUCAGACCUUUAGCAGCCUCGGAAGGCGCUACUUUGAUGUAUCAAUCCAAGGGAAUGUAGUUCUGAAGAAUUUUAAUAUUGCAAAAGAAGCUGGAGGUGUAGGCAAGGCCAUCACUAGGGAUUUUAAUAUCACUGUUAAUGAUAGCACUUUGGCAAUCCAUCUGUACUGGUCAGGGAAGGGAACUACUUCACUUCCACAUAAGGCAGUAUAUGGCCCUCUCUUAUCUGCUAUUUCUGUGACACCGAAUUUUAAUCCUCAUUCCGGAGGACACUCUGCUGAAGCUAUUGUUGGAAUUAUAGUUGCGACCUGUGUGGUCGUCGUGUUAACUGUGCUUUUACUGCGAUGGAAGGGUUACAUUUGUGCAAAAGAUCUUGAAGACAAAGUUAAACAGCUCUCCUCCAAAUCAAAGCAAGGAAAUCGUGAAUUUGUUAAUGAAAUAGGCAUGAUAUCUGCCUUGCAACACCCCAAUCUUGUAAGGCUAUAUGGCUGCUGCAUUGAAGGAAACCAGUUGCUACUAAUUUAUGAAUACAUGGAAAAUAAUUGUCUUGCCCGUGCACUAUUUGGCCAUGAGGAACAACGACUACAACUGGACUGGGCAACAAGAAAAAAAAUAUGCCUAGGAAUAGCCAGGGGAUUAGCUUAUCUUCAUGAGGAAUCGAGGUUAAAAAUUGUCCACAGGGACAUUAAGGCCACUAAUGUGCUGCUUGACCGGGAUCUAAAUGCUAAGAUAUCUGACUUUGGUUUAGCUAAGCUUGACGAAGAGGAGAACACUCACAUUAGUACAAGAAUCGCCGGAACAUUUGGAUACAUGGCUCCUGAAUAUGCAAUGCAUGGUUACUUAACUUAUAAAGCAGACGUUUACAGUUUUGGAAUUGUGACAUUAGAAAUUGUCAGUGGGAGAUGUAAUGCCAGUAACAGGACAAAGGAAAAUUCUUUUUAUAUUCUUGACUGGGCACACGCCUUAAAAGAGAAGGGGGACCUGAUGGAGCUAGUGGAUCCAAGGUUGGGAUCAGAAUUUGACAGAGAAGAAGUGAUGGUGAUGAUUAACGUUGCUCUGCUCUGCACUGACGUCUCACUUGCCGUUAGGCCUGCUAUGUCUUCAGUUGUGAGCAUACUCGAAGGUCGAAUGGUCCCUCAUGAAUUGAUUUCAGAACCCACUGUAUCAAGUACUGGGAUUAAGCCGGAGAGCAUUGAAGAAAACAGGAAUGACAGGCGAGUCUCAAGUGCGUCAGUUGACGGACCAUGGACGGCUUCUUCUGCUUCUGCUGGCGAUCUCUGCCUUGUCAAAUUGGAUUCCGCUUAUUUGGCAAAAAGAGAAUAG